AUGUCUUCACCAGCAGAACCGCAUACAUGUUACGAUAAUGAGUUUACACCAAAUCAAGCACGCAAGGUUAAAUCAGUCAGCUGCGCAAUGGUCGAUGAAAAGCCAAAAACAAAGACCCUUAAAAAUCAAGCUGCAAGUAGCAAUAUGUUCACAAUAAACCUCAAGUGUCUAAGCCCAAAUGCAGCUUUUUGUGGAAAAGCCAAAAAAAGUUUGGAUGUUACAGGAGAAACGAUUACCAAAGUUCUAAUGUUAAAAGAACCUAUUGUUGUAGACAUCACUUUUAAGCCACUAUCUCCAGGUGUAAUAGGUCAAACAGGAGUGUCUAGAUUUAUACCGUUGAAAGGCUCGGAUGGAGUAGAUAGAGCGUAUCCACAAGGAUUAGUAAAACAAUUCGGACUUCCAUCACAUCCGGCAUUUUUACCUUUUGACAUAAUAGCAGAAUUUAGCUCUGAAUUGAAUUUUUGGUUUGAUGAUGAUACAACACCGAUUGCAAAAAAUCAGCUAUCAUUUUCAUAUAUGACAUUGCACGAAUUCAUUUUAACUAACUAUAGAGAAAAACAUCAUAAUGGAAUUUCAAUUGAAUCGGUUAAUGACAAAAAAAUAUUAGAAAAACAAUUAUGCGAAUUUGUUGUUGGUGUGCGAAGAGAUGAUGGCGAAGAAUAUUUGUCAUUAAAAAAUUGUAUGGCUGCAAUUGAUAGACAUUUGAAAAGUCACAGUGUAAUUAAAGAUCAAAUUACCUUAAAUGGAAACGCGUGCAAGCAAAAUUAUCCAGACUUAUAUAAAACUUUAAAUGGAAAGCUACGUGAUCUUAAGAAACAGG